GAAUAAACACUCGUCAACUUCCGCUUUCAUUGAUGACUGUCAACAUGUCAAAAUAUACCUUUGGUGACACUUAAAAUUUUGUUAGCAAAGAAACAUAUUGUGCAACUUUAAAAAAAUAGAAGAAAGGUUACAAACAAGAUGAAUUACGACCAGAUUUUGCUACUAUCAGCCAUGUGCUGCAUGUUCACCAUAGAGACAUAUUUGGUUGCUGGCGCCAAGUCCAGAGAUUAUUAUGAGAUUUUGGGACUGAAAAGAAACGCUAAUGAGAAAGAAAUUAAGCGUGCUUUCCGAAAGUUGGCGUUGAAAUACCACCCAGACAAGAACAAAGAUCCAGACGCAGAGGAGCAGUUUCGUGAAAUUGCUAAAGCAUAUGAAGUCCUGUCGGACCCCGAGAAGCGUCGCCAAUACGACACGUUUGGUGACAACAGCGGGCAGCAAGGCGGUAGUGGGGGCGGACAAGGGGGAGGCUUCAACUUCAAUUUCAACGACUUUUUCAAGGGUUUCGAUGAAGCGUUCAAGGCACGACAUGACCAUCCUAAUCAGCAUCAACAGCAUCAUCAAAACCACAAUCAACAUUUUCAGUUCCAUUUUGGCGGUAAUAAUGGUUUCAACUUUGAUGACCUAUUUGAUGAUGACGAUGACGAUUUCUUCAAUAUGGAUCCAUUCCAGAACUUUGAUGCAUUCAAUUUUGGUUUUAAUGGCAUGAACAAUUUUGGUCAACGUCAUAAUCAUUACACUGCUGAACAAAAUGGGCAUGGAGACCCACAUGCGGAGCAUAUGAAAAAACACAUGAACAACCAUGCCAAUAAUGUGCGACAUCAGAAUAUCAAGAUAAACACUCAAGGUGGCAGAAGAUGCAGAACAGUAACACAGCGCAUUGGUAACACUGUCACAACGCGCACAGAGUGCUCCUGAGACUGCGUGGAUAUAGACACAGGCUGAAUCUUGGUGUCGAGUCAACUUCUGUGCUGUGCAAUAUGAGGAUAUUAACCAUGUUGAUUGUCAUUUGUUAAUUACUGAUUAUUGGGUCAGUCAUGUUGAUUGUCAUUUGUUAAUUACUGAUUAUUGGGUCAGUUUCAAAGUUAUUCAGGCAAAGGGUUCUUCAUGAAAUGUUGUCUCCAAAUAUUUUCACUGAAAGUGUGAUAUGUACAGUGAUGCAAUUGUUAUAUUAAAUGAUUUAUUAAAUGGUUUUAGAUACAUGUAAGAGGCUAUGUUAAGUACAUACAAAGUUACUAUGUACCAUGAUAAUUUUUAAGAAUUGGGGUUGAAUAAAAAAUUGAAGCUAAGUCUACUUAAUUUAUGAAAACUGAUGUAAAAAGAAACAGGUUAAGCAACAUUCUGGGAAAACCCGGCUUAACCCUUUGCAUGCUGGGAAAUUUUUUGUCUGCUAAAAUGUCGUCUUCUGAAUUUCUAAAAUUAGCAUUUUCUUCGAUUUUUUUCAAAGAAUACCAUCAGAAUAUCAAACAGUUUGGAUCCUGAUGAGACGCCACGUUCUGUGGCGUCUCAUCUGGAUCCAAACUGUUUGCAAAGGCCUUCAAAAUUCGGUUCCCGCACUGAAAGGGUUAAUGCAUGUGUCUAAAGUGUUGUCCACUUAAUGCAUGUGUCUAAAGUGUUGUCCACUUAAUGCAUGUGUCUAAAGUGUUGUCCACUUAAUGCAUGUGUCUAAAGUGUUGUCCACUUAAUGCAUGUGUCUAAAGUGUUGUCCAUUUAAUGCAUGUGUCUAAAGUGUUGUCCACUUAAUGCAUGUGUCUAAAGUGUUGUCCACUUAAUGCAUGUGUCUAAAGUGUUGUCCACUUAAUGCAUGUGUCUAAAGUGUUGUCCACUUAAUGCAUGUGUCUAAAGUGUUGUCCACUUAAUGCAUGUGUCUAAAGUGUUGUCCACUUAAUGCAUAUGUCUAAAGUGUUGUCCAGGCUUUAUGCAUGUGUCUAAAGUGUUGUCCACGAUUGGCUAAUCUGGGACAACACUACGGACGUUUAUUAAGCCCCAUUUUCCCACUAAAUUUAUGAAAACUGAUAACAGCUGAUGUCAAUAGAAACAGGUGAACAAAUGAGUGAGUGUAUGCAGAUAUUAUUUUACACGUUCAUGGGUUUUAUUUAAAAAAUAUUCAAUAUAAUAUUUUUGUUCCUUUAAAUAAAAUGCAUUCACUCUUUCAUAUGAUAUCUUUAUUUUUUUAUUACACAUUAUGUUACCGGUGUAUUUCAAAACACAAAUUGAUGUUGUCAAAAUGCAGGUGAUUUUGAGUUAGCAGAUAUAUUUAUUGUCCUAAAAAGAAAGAAAUGGUUUGGAUUUAAAGUACAGAAUUAAUGUAAGUGAUGACUAAACAUGGAAUAGUGAGUCAAUUUUUAUACCUUCAAUUGUCUUAUUUUAGAAAUAUGCAGUAUUGGAUAAUAUACUUAGUUUUAAAUUCUACUGCUGUCCAUGGAACAUUUUUGCCAGUUAUGGGUGUGACUUGAUGUUUCAAAUGUAUAAUUGACCCAGAUUGGAGUGAGCAAAAAAUUAAUGAAGUUCAUACGUUUAAGACUGAUAAUACUGCAUAUAAUUGUAAUGAUGUAAUCGCAACAGUAAGUUACAACAUUGAAGUAAAAUGUACCUCCCUGAAUGUUCUUAAACAAUCUGCAUUUAAAUAUCUUUAUAUGUUUUGAUAACUAUUUGAAAUUGAAUUGUUAUAUAUUUAAAUACAUGUUUUUUCUAUUGUAAAUUAAUAAUUAAAUAAAUAUUAAAAUAUGUUGUAACAAUAUCAUAUUCAUAAAUUAUUUAUCUAGAAUGGGUUAUAAUUGUAUAUAUAAGGAUCAAAAGAACUAAUGGAUGAAUACGUCUUGAAGAUAUUUUUAAUGCAGUGUUGUUUCGUAAAGUUUGUUGGAGAUGAAUUUUUGUAAAGGUAUCAUUUAACCCUUUACCACUUAGAUAUGUAUUUUAACGCCAUUUUAGUCCCAUCAAUAAAUUUAAAUUUAAUUAAUGACCUUUCAUAGUAGAUUCAAGUUUUAAAGGCUUGACAUUUCCAACUCUUAGAAUAGAUAAUGAUGAGCCGCAAACAGCAUAAAACCUGAACAGACUGCGAGUUUCUCACAGGCUAUUCUGGUUUUAUGCUGUUUGCACAUAGCCAUUUUCACUUUGCCUCUGAGUGGGAAAGGGUUAAAAACAGUAUUAUUCAAUAUGCAAAUUUCCAAAAUGAUUACAUUAUUUGAAGAAGCAAAAGAAUUUAAACUUUCAAUUUGAGUUUAGAGUUAAUGGCUUGUAAAGAAUGUUUGCUAUUUAAUAAAUUGUACAUUAAAGAUGCCACAUUACAUUCAUGGCCUUCUGUUUACACAUGGUAUUGCUUAGUGGUGGGAGAUGCAAUAUAUUGUGUAUGUACUGUUCAUUAUCAGUGCAUAGUUGUUAGUUUCAUCUGUGUUUGAGUGAUGCAUUUAGCAUGUUUUUUAUAUAGUAAACACAUGUUUAUUUAUUGCCAGACUAUUAUAGAUUGUUUGCUAUGUACAUGUUUAGGAGAUUUUGAAGUUCGAACUUUUGGUCAAGUAAUCUUUUUUUUUUUUUUAAAUGUGUACACGAUUUAUAGCAAUAGUUUGCUAUUUGGAUAUUAGUGUCACAUUUACCUUAAAAUCUACCAAGAAAGGAUUCAAUACUGUUAUUUGAUUAAUAUUUUCUAAUAUAUGUAGUAUUGUAAGAGAUCCAUACUUUCCUUCACAAAAAUGAAGUCAGUUUUUUAAUUAUUUGAAUAAGCAUUGAUUGAAUUCAAUAAAUAACACUUCUGUGUUGUUAAACACAAACUUUUUAUGUAGAUACUUAUUCUAAUUAAGUAACUUAUCAAAGUAGCAUCAUAAAAGAUCACAUAAUUAUGUUUCAGACUGUUCGUAAAUAUGCAAAUCAGAAGUCAAUGUAUAUAGACAAUGUAUGUUAAUUAGUAUUGCAGUCUCAUUUGGACUUCUAAAAAUAAAAUUAACCUGUAUUUUAAACUGUACAUGAAUACUUGUAGUAAUAAAAUCAAGUGUGCAGCCUAAAUGUGCUUGUAAAACAUGUUUGUCAGAGUUGACUGCUGCUGUUUGUAGAGGAUUCUUCUUGUUAACAUGCUGCAUUGUUGAGAACAUUGUGGUAUAACUUUUGAGGAAACGUCGAAUAACGCAUGUAUUUGUAUAACAUGGCAUUAUGAGGUAUCUUUCUCAUUUAUAGAGACACAGAAAAUAAUAGUUUUUUUAAAGAUUUAUUUGAGAAGCAAUUAUAUUCACAUUAUAUUCCCAGAAUGCAACAAUACAACACAUUUUAAAUGUUAGAGGAAACUUGGACUUUAACAUCUAUAAAGUGGCAUAUUGUCAAAUUGUUGUUUAAAUAUGGACGAAUUAAGAUAUUGCUUAAAAGUGUAUAUUGAUUAGCAAGGCAUGUGUCAUACAAAAGAGUGAAAUACAGUACCUUUAUUUCAAAAUAAUUGGGACCGCCAAAAAUGGUUUGAAAGAAAAAGCAAUGGUCACUGUUGUGAUUCAUAAUAAACUAGUACAUCAUUCUUAGAUAAUUAUGUAUAUAUUGAUUUGAGGGUUCAUAAAUACUUUUAAAGACGUUGUAAAAAUUAAUAAAGUGUGCAUUUCUUUGAUUUUGCAUUUACAAAUUAACAGUCCAUAAAGCAGAAACCACUUGGAAAUGCUUUGUAUCCAAUGUGUCAAUCGAUACUAACUUGGUAAGCAAGAAAGAAAUACAAGUUCGGAAAUCUUUGUGUGCAAAUGUGCGACUGUUAAAUAAACAGUGCAAUAAUGUGCGAAAACAUUGUAACAAAACUCCAGUUUGAAGAGAGAUAAUUUGAAUAGAAAAUUGAAAUUAAAGAUGUAUAAUUAAGUUUUAAAAAAAGAAAGAUAAAAAUAAAUAUUGUGCAAGUAGGAGCCCUAUUUGCAGAUUGAAUACAUGGAGAGUAAGGUUUAAAUCCAACACUGAAUGUGGCUUGCUUUUAGGUUAAUUAAAUUGUAUUUUCAGUUUCAUGUAUAAUUCACCAUUAAUGACUAUGUUUCUGAAAAUUUUAUUUGAGUUAAUACUUCCUAUUAAUAUAUGAGUACAUGCUUGUAUGAUAUAUUUGCCUGCUUUAAUUGAAUGUGUGAAUGCAAUUACAAUGGUGUUGCUUUAAAUUGACUGCUUUGUAAUAGUUCCUUCAGGUAAAACAAAGUAAGACUAUUGUUAAUGUACGGUGCUGUAGUGUACAAUGUCUAUGUAAGACAACUAACCAUCUUGCCUUGUGAUUAAAUUAGUUGUAACAAAGAUACAAAUGUAUGUUAUUAUCUCCCACAAAAGGCGGAGGGAUAUAUGCAUAAGUCCAUCUGUCUGUCACAAAAUUUAUAUUUAGCGUGGUACUGUAUAUCAAUUCAAAGAAUUUGCUUGCUGUUCAUGCUAUAUGUAGUGAAAUUAAAUAGUGCAAAGAAUCAUUGUACCGGUAACACACUCUGUUUUAAAACACUUUAGCUUUGACUGUGUUUAUUUUCUGAACAAAGAUUUAAUUGUGUAAUUGUGAAUUUAAACAUAGUUUUAUGUCCAUAAGCACUAAAUAAGGGAAAAGGUUGUGAUUGAUUGUAUUUUCUUAAUAAUAAUUUCAACUUGAAAUGUAUGACAUAAUUAUUAGAUUUAUAAAUGCCAAAAUAUUUGGGAAAAAAACGUUUGAAAGGAUAUAUCCCCUCAAAUUCUUGGUGCUGUAUAACAUUUGUCGGGUUUAUGAUGUACAUGGCGGGUUUGCGGAGGGUUUUGGUUGCUAACGGCAUCAUAUUUUAAGACAUACUUAAUUUGUUGUUGAUUCUUAUUUAUUAUUACUAUUAUUACUUGUAUUCAUAAGUUGUUGCCAUACAGGACAAGUAUGUGUUUUCUUGAACUGUUUCGUUCAUACAUUUAUCAUUAUGUAAAUAUCUUUUCACUGAAUGUUAUCAUGGUAGUGGUAUACAUUGUGCAGUCAUUUGUUGAACAAGACAUCUAUUUGUUCUGUCCAUAUGAAAAAAAUAAAAUCUGAAAAUAAAAACAUA